CAGCCUUUUUCUGCGAUGAAAACGAGGUGGCAUCUCUUUAUUUUGUUUAUUUUUAUUGGAACACUUGGUUCUGCUGCGUACGCUCAUAAAAAUACGUCCACUAAAGGUAAAAAAUGGAAUAAACUGAAAGUCAAACCGAUGGGAGCCCGGAGAUCCUCCCAGAAGGUUCCUGGAGGCGCAUCUCAGCCUCAGAUCAGCUCGCUUCUCUCCACCACGCCGGUGACUCCACCUGUGCGUCCAGGAGAGCCCAGAGCGCGGACCCAGUCGGACUCUGCGUACGUCCCGGACGUGUCCGUGACCUGCUCCACGUCGGAGUUUGUCGUGCGGGUCAAAACGGCUUUCUACGGUCUGGGCGCGGACGCGCAGGAGCUGACAUUAGGCAGCAGCUGCAAGAGUAACGGGGUCGUCCGGCCACAGGGUGAUUUGCUCUUCACAUAUCCAGUAACAGAGUGCGGUGCAAAACGAGAGCUGCCUCCCGGUUACCUGGUUUAUAAAUACGUGCUCCAUUAUGAACCGUCACCAAAACGAUUCCCGAGCAAUGCGCACCAGAUCAACGUCAACAUUGAGUGCCAUUAUCAAAGGGAUCAAUCUGUAUACCAGCUGGCGGUGCAGCCCACGUGGCACACAGUUAUCAUGCGUAAAAAGCUAAAAGGGCGCUCAAUGGACUUCCAGAUCAAAUUAAUGGAUGAUUCAUGGACACCAGCCAAGUCUCAGGUUUACCUACUUGGACAAACCGUCAACAUCCAGGUGUCUGCUCCUCACCUGCCUCCUGGGUUGAAACUGUACAUCAACAGCUGUUACGCAACACCCCCCAGCAGCUCCAAAUCCUCCCUCAAAUAUGCCAUGAUUGACAACUUUGGCUGCAUGGUGGACAGCAAACAUGACCCCGGGGCCUCGCAGUUCAUUUCCCGCACAGACAACACCAUCAGGUUCUCCUUAAGGGCCUUCCAGUUUACAGCUGACCCAGAGCUGGAGAUCGGCAUUCACUGCAAAUUAUCGGUCGCAUCAGAGGAUCCAGGACCUGCACACAAGUCCUGCACCUACCAGGGUCAACGGUGGAGGGCUCUUACUGGCCGUGACUCCGUAUGUGAGUGUUGUGAGUCAACAUGCACCACCUCCAAACCACGGAGGGCCUUGAUGGAAGGCUUUGCCAGGAGUGGGCUGCUACUGGUCUCUGACCAGCCGAGUGCAGCAGAGGAUGACCUCCAACCAAACGGUCCCUCUGCUGGUGGAGGAGAGAUGGAGAACAUAAACUUCUACACGGACACGAACGUUCAUGAGAAGCUUUGGGAACAUUUGAGAGCAGAAGAUUAUAACGGAUAUAAGGAGAAGCAACCAUUUGAACAAAGUGACGUAAUUCUUGGGCUGUUGGGGGAACCUGAUUUGGCUGAGGAGAGGAGUUUUGAAGAAGGCGAGGUAAAGGAUUUAAAUACCGGGGAGGGUGGAUCUGGAUACGACACAAAAGAUGUUUCUGAGGACAUCGGCGAGGAGAACGAUGACCUGCUUCUGCAGAUGGAGCUGGAGUCGGCUGACCCCGAGGAAGGGAAAGACGAGAAACGUGCAUGUAGCAAAACUAAAAACAGGAGGAAGGUGAAACAAGACAAUUUGGUUGAUAAAGAGGCCAAAACGUGGAUUUUCAAAUGGAAGUAACUCGGCUCAGGAGCGUUCUAAAGAUCUAAACUCAAAGCUGUACAUAAAUAAACUGUCUGAGGAUGA